AUGCAGACGCUCUCAAACAUCCACAACAUCACCCCUGCCCAGACCCACCUACUUACACCCCCAACUCCAGCGCCCACAUCACCCCUGCCCAGACCCACCUACUUACACCCCCAACUCCAGCGCCCACAUCACCCCUGCCCAGACCCACCUACUUACACCCCCAACUCCAGCGCCCACAUCACCCCUGCCCAGACCCACCUGCUUACACCCCCAACUCCAGCGCCCACAUCACCCCUGCCCAGACCCACCUGCUUACACCCCCAACUCCAGCGCCCACAUCACCCCUGCCCAGACCCACCUGCUUACAUCCCCCAACUCCAGCGCCCACAUCACCCCUGCCUAGACCCACCUGCUUACACCCCCAACUCCAGCCCCCACAUCACCCCUGCCCAGACCCACCUGCUUACACCCCCAACUCCAGCGCCCACAUCACCCCUGCCCAGACCCACCUGCUUACACCCCCAACUCCAGCGCCCACAUCACCCCUGCCCAGACCCACCUGCUUACACCCCCAACUCCAGCGCCCACAUCACCCCUGCCCAGACCCACCUGCUUACACCCCCAACUCCAGCCCCCACAUCACCCCUGCCCAGACCCACCUGCUUACACCCCCAACUCCAGCGCCCACAUCACCCCUGCCCAGACCCACCUGCUUACACCCCCAACUCCAGCCCCCACAUCACUCUCUGCCACAUGGCCUCAAACUGCACCAUUUUAUAG